CCUGCCCCGGUGUCGGCUGGCUUCCCCACAGCCUCGAGAGGGCGGGCGGCUGAGGAGAAACGAGGCGAGGCUCCGGCGCGGGGCCUCCGCGGGCUUCCUGCUACGACGGGGCGGGGAUUUCCUGAGCGCCUCGGAGUUUCGCGGCGCCUUGCUUCCCUUUCGCUUUCUGCGCGCAAGUCCGAGGGAAGAAGUCUUUCUGAGGGGACGAGCCUCCUCCACUGGAAUCGGUGGCUGCGGCCGCCGCCCCUUCGCUUCCCGAGCAUGGCGGGGUCGCUGCCGCCGGCCGCCCCUCUGCCCAUCCACCGCCUCGAGGAGCCGCUGCUGAGGAGGCUGAGCGGCUCUCUGGACCGGUCGGCUCCGGGCAGAGGCUGGAGGGACUUGGCGCAGCUGGCCGGCAGCCACCGCGGCGUGAAGCUGAGUUCCCUGGAAUUGGAACAGUGUUCUCUCCAAGUUCUGGAGCCCGAAGGAAGUCCGAGCUGGAGUCUUCUUCAGCUAAUGGGAGAGAGAGGCUGCACUGUGUUGGAGCUGACAGAAUUGCUGCAGGCCUUAGAACACACUGAGGCACUUCAGUGUCUCAACCCCCCAAGUAUAAUUAUAGUUGCAGAACCAGAAUCUCAAGCUGUUCUAUCUGGCCAGACAGUGAAGCUAAGCUGCUGGGCAGCUGGUUAUCCAUUUCUUCAUUAUCAGUGGUUCAAAGAAAACAAAGCGGUUCCACGUGGCAAUACCCAAGAACUGGUGCUCAACCAAGUAACUGCAGAGGAUGCUGGAUUUUACAUAUGCCGAGUAAACAGUGACUAUACUUACCAGUUCAGCCAGUGGGCACAGCUAGAUGUCUGUGAAAUCCAAGGAGCUUGCCAUGGAAACUGUCCGGAUUUACCUGAAAAGAAAAUACAUAUUUACAUCCAUCCACAGUGCCAAAACCUGCUAGUAGGGGAAACGUUGAUUCUGCAGUGCGGAGCUAUAGGAAUCCCUAUGCCACAAUAUCAGUGGUACAGAAAUGGAUCUCCACUGCCUAAUGGGGAUAAAAAGGUCUAUAAGGUCUCCUGCAUAGACACCGAACACCAAGGUACAUAUUGGUGCCGUGUAUACAACAACCAAGACAAUCAAGAAAGCAGGAAGAUAAAAGUUGUUAUAGGUGGAAAAUCUAUUGCAGUAGAAUGCUCUGAAGAGGACUUAAGUGGCCUUGAAGGGCUUGAUCUUAAAGAACCGUCAACUGAAAGGCAAUUUGCGGUAGACAAAGUAGCGCUGCUGAUGGGAAACAUGAGCUAUUAUAAUCAUCCUAAGCUCAAGGCUCCGUUAGUGGAUGUUUAUGAGCUGACCAACCUGCUGAGGCAACUGGACUUCAAAGUGGUUUCUUUGCUGGAUCUUACUGAACCUGAGAUGCGGAAUGCGGUAGAUGAGUUCCUACUGCUGCUGGACAAAGGAGUAUACGGGCUAUUAUAUUAUGCUGGCCAUGGCUACGAAAACUAUGGUAAUAGUUUUAUGGUUCCUUUAGAUGCCCCAAAUCCCUAUCGAGCUGCAAACUGUCUGUGUGUACAAAAUAUUCUCAAACGGAUGCAAGAAAAGGAUACUGGCCUCAAUGUAUUUUUACUGGAUAUGUGCAGAAAAAGGAAUGAAUAUGAUAAUACCGUCCUCAUCUUGGAUGCCCUGAAGGUUACAGCUAACAUUGUUUUUGGAUACGCAACGUGUCAAGGAGCAGAAGCUUUUGAAAUUCAGGAGUCUGGCUUAGCCAAUGGCAUUUUCAUGAAGUUCUUGAAGGAACGCUUGUUGGAGGACAAGAAAAUUACUGUGCUGCUGGAUGGUGUAGCAGAAGAUAUGGGCAAGUGUCACCUUACCAAAGGCAAGCAGGCUUUGGAGAUUCGCAGCAGCUUAUCUGAGAAGAGAGCAUUAACUGAUCCUAUUCAGCAAACAGUAACGUCGGCAGAGUCAUUAGCGCGGAAUCUGCAGUGGGCAAAAGCUCACGAACUUCCUGAGAGCAUGUGCCUUCAGUUUGCCUGCGGUGUUCAAAUUCAGCUGGGUUUCGCAGCAGAAUUCUCCAAUGUCCUGAUUGUCUACACAAGCAUAGUAAAGAAGCCUUCUGAAAUCACUGUUUGCAAAGCUUAUGUUACAGAUUUUCCCCUUGACUUGGAUGUGGACCCCAAAGGGGCAAACAAGGGGACUCCUGAGGAAACCGGAAGCUAUUUGCUUUCAAAGAACUUGCCCAAACAUUGUCUCUACACUCGAAUAAGUUCUCUGCAGAAGCUAAAGGAAGACUUAACCUUCACAGUUUGCCUGCACUAUGAAUACACAGGAGUAGAUGAUGUUGUGGAUGAAAGGAAGGUGGUUAACAUUGGCAAGCCCCUCAUUGCAAGACUGCACAUUCAUCAAGGAUACAGAAAGAAUAGCUGUUUCCACAGCUUCUGUGGGCCUGACGGGCCUUGUUUCACCCACUCGCCUGGUGCAGAGGCAGCUGGAUAUAGCCCCUCUCAUCACAAUCACCAGCCACAUUGUUAUACAGGUUUCCCCCAGCAAAGCCCUGCUCACUCAGGAAGUGUUUUGCAACCGGUGAGGUGCCAGUGCAGUGUGUCUCCAAACAGGUUGGUCGCAUGGUCACCAACCUGGUCAUAUCCAUCCAAUUCGAACCAAAGCAACGUACCUGUGGAGACGACGGAUGACCUGGAAUCUGAUUUCUCAGGAAGCUUGAGGCUGUCUCAUCAACAGUAGUCAAAACUUCUGUGUGGCAGUUUAGCGGCAACAUUCCUCGGGCAGCGAUUUGCAGUGCUGCUUGUGUGUUUUGGAUUUUGGGGAAAGGGCAUUAAUAGGUCUCAUUGGGCAUCCCAUUUGAGUUCUGUUGAAUUAUUUAGCCAGGAUCCCAAGUUGUUGAGAUUAUGAGUUGGCACGUAUGUAUUUAGGAAAUCUUCUUGGACUACAGGAAAUUCCCAGUUAUUUUCCCGGAUAAGGAAACUGCAGGGCAUUUGCAAUACAGUAGUAAGAAAGAGUGAUUGACUUCAAGCCCAGCUAUGUAUCAUGGGAGAGUAUGUAUAUUCUCUUUUAACAUGUUGAAAACAAUCAGAACUGCAACAGUGUGUUGCAGUGUGAUGGUCUGCCUGUCCAGACUUCCAGCAUUUCUACCCCCCCCCCAUCAUUUCCCAUCCUCUUCUCCCUAACAGUCAGCAUUCCAUGAGGCACUGAGCACAUAUAGUCCUUUCUUGGGGUGGGGGCUCACUCACUUGGGGUUUUUACCUCUAGAAUUUUUUUCUGUAAAAACUUUGGGGUUCCUCAAGUCUACAUGGUGCUGCUGCUUUGGCUACAUAAGCAAUGAUAUAGCCUGAUACUGGAAGUAGAGCAGUGGUUGUUAGACAGACGCCCCGCCCCGCCCCCGGGGCAUCACUUGAAAAAUGCUGACGGUUUUGGUGAACUAUGUAAUGAUUUUUCUGCCAAUGGUUUUUAGUUGUAUUUUUUAUUGUUUUUUAUUUCUUCUGCAGGCAACCCCCGAUUUGCACGGGGUUUGCGUUCCUGCCCCCUCCCCCCCCCCCCGCCAGCAGAGUUUGCAUGAGGCAUAAGCCCACCCUAUUACACUCCUGAUCUGCCCUCAUGUUCCUUUUGACAUGUGUGCAAAAUGGUCACUGCCUGUUGCUCUUUUUUUGUAUUAACAACUUGCAUUCGAGUUGCAAUCAAUACAAUGAGAAAUGCAAUGCAAGGAAAAUGCAGUUAAAAAGCAAUUUGCAUAUUUAAUAUGAACAUGCCAUGGACCACCUGAGUGAAGCUCAUGGACCACUGAUGGCCCGCCAACCACAAGUAUGGGAACCUUCUGGCAUAGAGGGGAUGAUGUUCAGAGGAUGGCAGGAUACCACUGGAUAUCUGGUGCUUUUCCCAUGUGUCUAGAUGCAUGGGAACUGGACGAUGGACUGAACAGAAUGUUGCUCUCAUCCAUUGGUGAUAUUCUCAUUUCUGUUCUCUGGAAGUUCCCAAAUCUUUCCUCCCACAACAAGCACUGUACAAAAAACUUUUGAUUAAGUAAAAGCACCUGCAGAAUUUCUCUUAAGUCAUUUUGGAACCAGUUGUGUUUUACAUGAUCAAUGUCUGCAACCAGUUUAAAAGGGUAGGAAAGAGAUUCUUGUGUGAAUUAUAAAUACGUACACCCCAGCCUCUUUAACAGUCAACAAGAGUGAAUCAGCUUUACAGGUACUCCUCUCAUCUAAACUGUCAUUUUAAAAGGCCAGCAUUAUUAUUAUUAUUUUGUUCAUAAUUAUGUGCAAGGCAAUAAAUUCCUUUUUUAAAAUAUUUGUAUAUAUGUACUACAGUAUAUUCAAUAAGAAUUUUUUUAAAGUUCAGCAUUCCAUUCUCUUUAUGGGACUAAAGGGCCUGUGGUAUGUUAAAUUUAGACUCUUACCUGCAUUUCUGGGGGAAAGCUUUUAAUCUUUGAUGGAUUACUGUAUUUUAAUGAUUUGCUGGAAGCUGCCCAGAGUGGCUGGGGAAGCCCAGCCAGAUGGGCGGGGUAUAAAUAAAUAAAUAAAUAUAUUAUUAUUAUUAUUAUUAUUAUUAUUAUUAUUAUUAUUAUUAUUUAUUAUGGAAUACUAGGCAAACUGAGACAAUCUAUCCAAAACAAUGCUAACUAAACAAUAGCCUUUAUUCUAGAUUUCUGCAUCUUAGCACUGUGGAAUUUUGCAUGUGCUGACAAAUGUGCAGGAGAAUUAUGAUACGAGAGACAUAGCUGUAUUAAAGGGGAGACAGUCGGGAAGUGGUUAAGAAAGUCAGUAGACCGCCAUUGGGACUCUAGGAAGCAAGGAGGAAGAGAAGUAAAGGAACAACACCUUGCAAGGUUGAAUGGAAGUAGACACUUUGUUGAGGGAAUAGAUAAGUCAGUGGCAAGUCAAUCUGGAGACUGGAGAAGGUCUAAGGAGUGAAGGUCCAAGAAGCUGUCAGGAGUGGCAGACGAUUUAUCCAGAAAUGUGAUUUAGUUAUAUUUGUUUUAAAUGUUUUGUUGAUUUUAUAUUUGUUUUUCCUGGUGGUUUUAUGUAUAUUUGUUUUUAAUUGGUUUGGGUAUUUAAGUCAUGGUUUAUAUAUAAUUUGACUUUUGUACUGCUUGGGAGAAAUUUUUUGAGCAAGUGGGUUCAUACAUUUUCUAAAUAAUUGUCAAAAGGAAUUUAAAGAGGUUUUGUAUACCUGCCUUCCCUCUGAUGAACACAGCUUCUUUUGCCACUCCUCCUUCCAUGCCACUCUUCUCCUCUCAUUGUGUUUGGGUCUAGGGUAUAUCUUUCUCUCUUCCUGUGCUUGUAAGUGUAGUCAUAAGAGGCUACACUGGCCAGUUUUGGCCAUGUAAGAAGUGGGCUUCUGAAAGAGUUGGGCAGAGAAACAAUGAAAUGUGCAAAGCACUGCAGCCUCAGGGAUCUUUAUACAUCAUAUCCCCUUACCUUGAACAGUUGUCUGAUUACAGUUGGCCCAACCCCUCUCCUUGAUUUUGUUCAAGACCCCUAUUUAUAAUUCCGGAGGGGAAGAGGUUGUUGGUACGGAGGAAGAGGCACUUGAAGAAGAGACUAGAUGCUGGAACAAUAUUGGUUGUGGUCCAGGAAUAGGACUUGCAUGUCUGGUUGCUAAAAAUUAGGAUUCCAACUUGCAAUUCAGGGCAGUUCAUGGACAUUGAUGACUCGGGCAAUAGGAUGCAGAUAGCAUGUAUAUGUUGUUAGGCUUUCCAGACUGUGGUUCAGAAAACCCAAGUGGUUUUACUAAUAAGAGGAGGAAGAUUAACAACGCAAUCCUAUGCAGAUCUACUUGGAAGAAAGUCCUGUGGACUCCCAGGUCAACUUUGUGCAGGUUUGCUGCUUGAGUUAAUAAGAGAUUUGUUGUUGAUGGCAAGGGCAAGUUUUAAAUCUUCCUUAGUUUGGUAGUUGUCACUUUCUGAACUGGCCCCCAUGAAAUACCUUUACAUCUUCAGACUAACACAAUGAUUAAAUAUUUCCAAAAUGAGCUGGUCCAAUGGGAGGCACUUUCAAGGGCUCCUGUGGAUUUCCACAGCCUCCUAAGUGGCAGAGUUUUGCAGAAAUGGAGUGAUCCGUUCCGUAAACCCAGGCAAACAAUAGGUCCACCUAGAUAAGUAUUGUUUGCAGCAACUGGCAGCAGCCAUCCAGGGUUUCAGAAAUAGAUCUUGCCCGGACCUACUUGGAGAUGUCAGGGGAUGAAUCAGACCUUUCAUAUGGACGUAUAUUCUAGCAGUGAAUUAUGACCCCUGAAUUUGAGCAGGGAGGAACUAUACUGUGUGACGUAUUUACAUGCCUGAUAUCCAGGGCAAAACCUUGUGAGCUCCUCAGAAAAGAAGGGUUGUCUUUUCAUUUAGAUCAGGACAGACAAACAUCCAGCUUUCAUGCUUUUAGGUGGAAAGUAAAACCAUUCAUGAACAGUGUAUGUUUUGUGACGAUGCAAAACUUAAGAGACUGCUAUGCAACUGGUCUGAUAGCACUGCAUCACCCGAUGCAAGUCAGUGAUGCUGUCCUUGUGAUGUGGUGUAAACCAGAGCUUAUAGGGUUAACUGCUCUGCGGAAGUGCUUCCUGUGAAAUUGGGGGUUGUCUAUGUUCACUGUUUGUGAACUGUUAUUGGUUUCGUUUUCACCACGAACGGAGAAGCACAAUGCCGUGUCUUUCUCCGGGAUGAGAUAUUUACUGCUUUGUAAAUAAACUGCUUCUCAGACUAGAAGAAGUAUGUUUCCGGGCGUUUUGGGAGACCUGCGUCAAAAAUCAUCACCUGUGCUGCUUCCUGAAGCGUUCUAUUCUGAGUGUAAAGGUGUCAGAACUCCCACGGAGACAAGCUUUGUGAAAGACAGCCAGGUAGGGGACAAGGCUGAGUUUGAGAGUCCCGAUGUCUCUCAGUCAGCUCUAGGGAGUCUGUUGUAUCUCUCCCAAUGGAGCAGACCAGAUAUAGCUUUUGCUGUAAACUUGCUCAGCAGAGAAGCUACAAAGCCUAGUGUGCAUGCCUGGAAUGGCAUCAAGAGAGUGUUGAGGUAUUUGCAGGACACCAAAGAUUUCUGUCUCAAGUUGUCUUCAGAGGGUGAGCCCCAGCUCACAUGCUGGACGGACUGCAAUUGGGCCAAUUUGGAGGACAAGAAAUCUGUGUCAGGUCUGGUAGUGAAAUUUGGAGAAUCUCAAAUUGGUUGGAGGUCUAGAAAGCAAAGUCUCAUUGCACUUUCCUCUACAGAAGCCGAAUUCAGUGUGUUGUCUGAAUUGUUCAGAGAAUUAGAGUUCUACCGAUGUUUGGUCCAAGAGACCUGUGGUGAUUGUGGCUUGCCCAUCACUGUUUGGGAGGACAGUAAACCAUGUCUGAAGUUGGCAGAGUCUGGCCAGUUUAAGGCCAGAAUCAAACAUUUGGAUAUUCGGUUUCGAAAUGUGUGUCAGGAUGUUCAAUCAGGCUUGGUUAAGCUGAAGUACUGUCCAAGUCAGAAGAACCUUGCAGAUGGGUUCCACUAAACCUUUGAGCUUCCAAAGGCAUGGGGAGUUCUGUGAAGGAUUGGUUUUGGGGUAAGUUGGGUAUACUUACUGUUCCCCCAACGGUACAGGAUGAGAGGGGGUAUGAUGUGGUGUAAACCAGAGCUUAUAGAGUUAACCGCUCUGCGGAAGUGCGUCCUGUGAAACUGGGGAGUUUCUAUGUUCACUGUCUGUUUGUGAACUGUUAUUGGUUUCAUUUUCGCCACGAACGGAGAAGCACAAUGCCAUGUCUUUUUCUGGGAUGAGAUAUUUACUGCUUUGUAAAUAAACUGCUUCUUAGACUAGAAUAAGUACUUUUCCGUGCCUUAUUCCUCCUGCUGACCACACGUCCGCUGUGCAGGGCUUCUGUGAAGAUACUCUGCUAUAUCGGGAGCCCAGAAGAAGGGGGGCCAGCAGUGAAAGCGCAGGGAAGUCUGCUGGAUGCCAUUAUCACCCGGUCUCACUAGCUAUGGAGGGUCGUUAUCCCCAUAGCUGCUUUUGUAAUGGCUUUGGGCCAGGGGUCAGCAAACUUUUCCAGCAGUCCCUCAGACCUUUCCACUGUCCCUCAGACCUUGUGGGGGGCCGGACUAUAUUUUGAAAAAAAUAUGAACGAAUUCCUAUGCCCCACAAAUAACCCAGAGAUGCAUUUUAAAUAAAAGGACACAUUCUACUCAUGUAAAAACAUGCUGAUUCCCAGACUGUCCGCGGGCCGGAUUUAGAAGGAGAUUGGGCCGCAUCUGGCCCCCGGGCCUUAGUUUGGGGAUCCCUGCUUUGGGCCAAGCCAUUUAACAACAGUCCUUUGCUUUCAGAGCAGAAGAAUGGCUCUUAGAAGCACUUCUCCAUCUCUAGUCACAAUCAGUUCAAGAGCCCCCCCCCCUUGAUUAGUGUGGAGCUUGCAUUGCCAUGGUAACUAUUCUCUUCCCAUACUUUUUGGCACUUGGAAAAACUCAUUGGUUUCUUCCCACGAUCUAAGAGAUUGGAGCACUGUUCAGUGGCCUUGCAAGAUUAGCUCUGUAAUGACAGAAACAAAGAGAUUGCUUCUGUCACUAUGGGCCUUAAUCUUGCACUGCACUGAACUUCCUGCUCUAGUGAACCCUGCAAGCCCAAUGGCCAAUAAAUAUUUAUUGCUUGUAACCACAAGCCAUUGCAAAUGCAGUAAAAGACCUAUUAGCAUAGGCAUAAUACAUGAAUAAGUAUACACUCUGCUUAAAAUGCAAUCAACAUUAAAACUUCCUGGGGUUAGAUUUAGCUUGCUCAAAUUAACAAGUCACUGACAGUUCACUGAAAGAUUCUCACUUGGAUUUUUCCGCUGUAGUUGCAUAUAGUGCAGCUUGAUAGGAUAUUUCCUCCUAUGAGUUGGAUAACAGGUCAAUGAGUGUGUUGUGUGCACUGGUCACCCACUCCAUUGCAUGCAAUAUCAUCAUCAUCAUCAUUUUUAAUUUGUAUACCGUAUAGGGACCAAGGUGGUGCUGUGGUUAAACCACUGAGCCUAGGGCUUGCUGAUCAGAAGGUCGGCGGUUCGAAUCCCUGUGACAGGGUGAGCUCCCGUUGCUUGGUCCCAGCUCCUGCCAACCUAGCAGUUCAAAAGCACAUCAAAAUGCAAGUAGAUAAAUAGGAACCGCUACAGCGGGAAGGUAAACGGCGUUUCCAUGUGCUGCUCUGGUUUGCCAGAAGCGGCUUUGUCAUGCUGGCCACAUGACCUGGAAGCUAUACGGCGGCUCCCUCGGCCAAUAAUGCGAGAUGAGUGCGCAACCCCAGAGUCGGUCACGACUGGACCUAAUGGUCAGGGGUCCCUUUACCUUUACCGUCUUUCUAUCUUACAAUACUCAAGGCAGUUUACAAGCUGAAGAAACAAAAAAUGUACAUCUUAUAACAAUCUAAUGCAAUACAAAAAUGUGAUAAUAAAACAUAGCUUUAAAAUAAGCAACCUACAUCAAAAAAUUUGUCUUUUGUCUUACUACAAAAGAAUUUCAGAAAUAGACUGGAAAGAGAAGUUGCUGAAUUACAACUUAUCACCAAGCUCAAAACCAUGGAGGGACCUGGUUUGAACAGAGAUAUCGGAUUCUUAUCUCAUUAUACACGAUAAGCGAUCUUCAGCCAUCUCAACCCUUGCUUUUUCAUGCAAAACCAUUUGCAGUCGUUUUCGGUCAUCAACAGCUAUCAGUCAGUCAAUCACCCACUUCCACCACCCUUCUGAGUG